ACACGAGAGGUCAGGAAGAAAGCGCUUAUAAAUUACCGUUUCUUCCUCCCCGUUGCUGUUAGUCUGCCUUGCCGCUCACGCCGAAGCACAUAAGGACGGAGGCAGAGGACGCCAAGACGCUGGACAGCUACCUGGUCGGAAAAGAGCAGCUGCUACAGGAAGAGAAAAUCCUUUCUGGAGAUACUCCUCUUCAUUGUCUUACCCUAUGGAGGAACCAGCCCUGCCCAUCCACAUUGAGGAGGGGAUAGACGUUCUGACUGAAAACAAAACCAUGGCAACAAAGGAGAAGCUGCAGUGUUUGAAAGAUUUUCACAAGGAUAUCCUUAAACCUUCCCCUGGCAAAAGCCCUGGGACACGGCCUGAGGAUGAGGCGGAGGGCAAGCCACCACAGCGGGAAAAAUGGGCCAGCAAGAUUGAUUUUCUGUUGUCCGUAGCUGGAGGGUUUAUUGGAUUAGGCAAUGUUUGGCGAUUUCCGUAUCUCUGCUAUAAAAAUGGCGGAGGUGCAUUUCUCAUACCUUAUUUCAUUUUUCUGUUUGGGGGAGGUCUUCCUGUAUUCUUCCUGGAAGUGGCCCUAGGACAAUAUACCUCUGAAGGAGGAAUUACAUGCUGGGAAAAGAUCUGCCCUAUUUUCUCUGGAAUAGGUUAUGCUUCCGUAGUGAUUGUGUCUCUUUUGAAUGUAUACUACAUCGUCAUCCUGGCUUGGGGAUUGUACUAUCUAUUCCAGUCAUUUUCACACACUCUGCCAUGGGCUCAUUGUCAGCAAGAAUGGAAUACAGAACACUGUGUGGAAGACACCCUCAGGAAGAACAAAACUCUGUGGCUGUCAUUCAAUGCCACUAACUUCACAUCUCCUGUCAUAGAAUUUUGGGAGCGGAAUGUUCUGAGGUUGAGUUCAGGCAUUGAUGAACCUGGUGUUCUCAAAUGGGACCUGGCUCUUUGUCUUUUCCUUGUCUGGGUGAUUUGUUUCUUUUGCAUUUGGAAAGGUGUGAAGUCAACCGGGAAAGUUGUAUACAUAACAGCAACAUUUCCAUUCAUCAUGCUUUUUGUACUCUUAAUCCGUGGUGUCACUUUACCUGGAGCUGCAGAGGGCAUCAAAUUUUACCUUUACCCGAACAUCACUCGUCUGUCCGAUCCAAUGGUCUGGAUAGAUGCUGGCACACAGAUCUUCUUCUCCUAUGCAAUCUGCUUAGGUGCAAUGACUUCACUGGGGAGCUACAACAAAUACAAAUACAACUGUUACAGGGACUGUUUGCUGCUGGGAUGCCUGAACAGUGGUACCAGUUUUGUGUCUGGCUUCGCAAUUUUUUCCGUCCUGGGCUUCAUGGCACAAGAGCAAGGGGUGGACAUUGCUGAUGUGGCAGAGUCAGGUCCAGGUCUGGCCUUCAUUGCUUAUCCAAAAGCUGUAUCCAUGAUGCCGCUGCCAACCUUUUGGGCUAUUCUUUUCUUUGUUAUGCUUCUGUUGCUUGGCCUGGACAGCCAGUUUGUUGAAGUUGAAGGGCAGAUCACAUCGUUAGUUGAUCUGUACCCAUCCUUCCUAAGGAAGGGUUACCGACGGGAAAUCUUCAUCGCUAUAAUCUGUUUCCUCAGCUAUCUUCUGGGACUAUCUAUGGUGACUGAAGGUGGCAUGUAUGUGUUUCAACUCUUUGACUACUAUGCAGCUAGUGGUGUAUGCCUUUUGUGGGUCGCAUUCUUUGAAUGCAUUGCUGUAGCCUGGGUUUAUGGCGCUGACAAUUUUUACGAUGCCAUUGAAGAUAUGAUUGGUUACAGGCCUGGUCCUUGGAUGAAAUGGAGCUGGAUUGUAAUCACACCAAUUCUCUGCGUGGGGUGCUUCAUAUUUUCUCUAGUCAAGUAUACCCCCCUGACCUACAACAAGGACUACAUCUACCCUACGUGGGCAAUUGGUCUGGGUUGGAUACUUGCUCUUUCAUCUAUGAUCUGCAUCCCGUUGGUUACAGUUAUCCGUAUCCUGCAGUCGGAUGGCUCUCUCCUUGAGAGGGUGAAGACAAUGGCUGCUCCUCGUGAGAUCACACGCUGGGACAAAGAAACCGAGAUUGCUGCCACGUUCGGCCCUCCUGGCCUGGCCAACGGAGAACUGAUCAAGCCAAGUCAUGUCAUCGUGGAGACAACAAUGUGAGCUCUCUCUAUGAGAGGAGGACACCUGCUUUAAAACUGCUGUUUACUAACCAUAGAAUCUUUCAUAGGACCAGGUUUACAGAGCUUUAUAUUUGCACUAGGGUUAUUUUUAUUUCUCAUAGAGAAAAGUAAUUUUUUGUGUGUUUGGUUUUUAUUUUUUAAUAUUUUGUAAAGUAAAUCACAGCAGAUGGCUGUCCUGCUCUAUUUAGAAACAGAGCUUUCAUAUCAAAUUAGGCACACUGCAGGAAUUUAUCUUCUGUUUUCCACACAGCAUAUCUAACUAACUUUUAUUCAUAUGGCUACUUUACCAUUUUUAGUUGAUUUUUCUUGCCAACAGUAUACCCAGGCGCAAUCCUAUGCAUACUAUCUUGCAAAUAUGCCUCAAUGAACAUAAUGGGACUUACUUCUGAGUAGACAUAUGUAGGAUUGUGCUGAUACGUAUGCAUACAUGUGCGCAUAUACAAGUUUUAGGUUUCUCUGGGUGUUGAUGUGGUUGGGAACAGGGUAGUGCAAAAUUUUAUUUUGGACUUUUUUUAACCAAAAAAAAAAAAGCUCUGGCAUUUUAGAAACUGGUUUUUAAAGGUGUGGCACUAUCUUCUGGUAGACACAGGAAGAAUUAAAGAAACAAUACAUGUUUUAAUGUUAUGUGAGUGAGCCAUGUGGGAAUAUAUUUAUUUGAUAAUUGGAAGCUGCAAUAUUGUAGCUGCAAUUGUAUGCCACCCAAAGUCAUUUUUUUCUGUGUGAGAUGGGUGGCCAUGUAAAUUUGAUAAAUAAAUAAAUAUAAGCUGGGGUUGGAACCAGGGGAAUAAUCUGAACAGCUUAUGAACAGGCUCCAAGAAGGUGGCAGAAUCAUUCUUGCUGAAAAGGCAUUUUAACUGAUAAGCUUUUUGGGACAAAGAUGAUUUCUACCAUCACCGGAGGAAUUAAUUCUACAUUUAGUAACAAGGACAGUUUCUAUGCAGAUUUAAAAACAGAGUACGGUUGAGUUUCUCAUAGAUUUAGAGAGAUUAUCUAAGAGUUGAUGUAAAAUACUGGUAAGCCUGAAUCUGUCACCUAUUGUUAUCUCAGUCUUAGACAGGAAUAUAAAUUUGAUAGUGUAAUCAUGUAACUAAAGAAUAUAAAAACUGGGCCAUUCUUGUAGUCUGCACCUGAGAAAUAAGUCGUUUGGACUUGGAUUUUGUUAGAACAUUAGGUUAGUGUCAGAAAACUCAUUAUAUAAUGCUAUAUUUACAAAGAUGCUGCAAACCAUAUUUAAAGUCACAAAUUUGCCAAACUUUAUCUUUGUUAGAGCGAAAAAAGGAGUAUUGGGUGUGUACCAUAGCAGUCAGCUAAGUUGCAUAGUGUUGAGUGCAGAUGCAGAAAAAAGUCCACUAGAAGUUAUUGAUGAAGACUCUACUACAACAAGAAAGCACAGAAAGAAUGCAGUUCAGAAAAAAUAGACUAUUCACAGGCUUAAACUGUCAUCAUUUAUAUCCAUUGAUCCAAGGAAACGCAAGGAGAUCAAGUAAGCUAUAAAUUUAUUUUAGACUGAAUGAGGCAUAAAAUACUCAACGGGAAUUGUAUUGCUAAGUUCCCCACUUUUCCUAAAAAGAGGAUUUGCCUCUGGAAAACACCCCAAAUCCUGCAAAGCUUUUGUUUUGUUUUCAAUCUUCAUUGAGUAGUGGCUCAAUCCUUUUCCAUAUGGGCAUUGAUCUUGGGGGGAAGGAUGCCCCCUUUAACUUUUAUAUUGGUAGUAAACACAAUUUGAGCAGGAUUGUGAGCCACAAAUAGCAAAACCCCUUUCUUUUUGUAAUUCUGCUAGUUUUGUCUGUCAAUUAAGAUACUGUAGUUGAAACUGGAACUUAGCCAGUAUUUGAAAACAUUCCUAUAUGCUUUAAGAAAAGAAAGACAUUAAGAAUCAGUUUCUGUCUUAUGCUCUCUAUGGCCACUGCAUAUGCAUUAUGCACAUACUUGUUAUGUUAGUUUUAUAUAUAUACAUAUAUAUAUAAAAGAACUGUAAAUAAAGGACCAAAACAGUUAUUUCAGGUGUCUUGUUUAGCCAAUAUUUGUUUGUGGAUGGAGUCUGUGAUUUAUUUUAUUUGAGGGAACAGAGCUUGCCAUAUAUGCAGGUGGCCGUGAGCAGAAUGCUUUGCUUUCUUGUUACCAAGAGCUGAUAAGUAAACACUUCCAGAGUACAAAUCCUUUGGAAAUGUUUAUCUUCCUUACUAUGCUGAAAAAUGGCCAGUAAAAAGGUUAGUUACAGAAGAAGCAAGGAAGCCAAGAGAAAGCUACUGUUUGGCUUUGUUUUCUAAUCCUGCAAAACCAAAGAUGGCAGGGCAUUGGUAUUGCAAACCCCAUUGCAUUCCAGAUUGGACUGCAGCAGCAAGAAAUUAGGAUGAAGGCAAGUCUUAACAGUUCAUUCACUUGACUUCCCUGGUGCAUUUUACAUGAAAGAUAGUGCAAUAUUUUGCUAGUUUCAAGAACAGCCACUGAACCAAAAGCAGAUAUAUCAGCCAAGGGAAUACCCUAAAGCACAUAGCAUGAGAGGAUGUUUUUCAAGAACAAACCAGAGAAUCAGUCCCACACUGUAGAUUUCCAUCUAAGAAGAGUAGUACCCAACCCAUUUCAAAGUUAAACUGUGCAAUCAUGAUCAGUUCCUUCCAACUAAAAAAGUAAACAGGUUUUCUCAUCAUGAUCUGAAGUCAUGAAGGACUCUUAAAAGAAAAAAAAAGUUAAUCAAAUUUUUGUCACAUAAGAUUUAGCCCAUCAACCUUCAUUUUUUUUGUUUCAAGGAUCAUAUUUUCACACAGCAAAACUUGUGAAUAAUAGAAUGUGUUAUAUCUGAAUGUUAAGAAUAGAUUCUGCCAAAUAAGGCCAAUGGAUGGGAGGGGGUGGGGCAGGGAAAACUAUCAAUCGUUUGUAUUUUCUACUUAUUUAUGACUGCAAAAAGAUUGAUUUUUUUUCUAAAUCACUUUGUAGAAUUGUGCGGCCUAUUUUAUCCAUUCUUUGUAAUGAAGAAGUUAAAUAUUCAGUAUUGUGACUAACUUGUGGGUGAACUGGUUUGGAUAUGGGGUGGGUGGGGAUAUUCUUAAUGUUUAUUCAAAGAAAUUAUUGUAUUUCCAAAAAAAGGGGGUGGGGACUGGGAGGAACAUUAGAGUGCAACAGUUCAUUGUCAUGGAAGUAUGGCUUGUUUUCUAAACUGCUCUAGAUGUGUAUAAGGUUAAAAAAAAGGUUAUAGCAGCAUUAAAUGGGCAUUUGCUAGUCAAAACAGUUGGACAUACCUCUGUUUGCAACCAGCCAUUUUAGGCUUGUUUCCAACCAAGGCAGGCUCUUUAGAUGUCUGGAAAUAUUUUCUUCUCUUAGUCCAAUCUUUCAAGCAGUCAACAUUAUCAUGUAAUGUUGUAUGGUUAAAUACAUAUGGUUAUGUAUUUAACCAUACCUAAUGGAAGGUAUGGUUAAAUAAUUGGAUAACUAAUUCACACUUCACAGUAUAUUGUCUUUAGUCAUUUGUACUUGAUUAUAAUGAAAUUAAACUUACUAGGCAGAGUAAGUAUCCGCCCAGCUGAAAACCUAGUGGAAAUAAAUUAUUUGAUCACUAACUGUUGAAUGGCUAUAGAAGCAGGAAUAGAGAUAUGACAAGAAGAGGAAGAACUGGAGGACAGGUGCUUUCUAAUACAGGAAAACCUAAAAUUCUGGCAGGCGGCUGCUUCUGCUUCUUCUUCUUCUUCUUCUUCUUCUUCUUCUUCUUCUUCUUCUUCUUCUUCUUCUUCUUCUUCUUCUUCUUCUUCUUCUUCUUCUUCUUCUUCUUCUUCUUCUUCUUCUUCUUCUUCAGCAU